AAGGAAAAAAAUGUCGAACGCCCAAGUCGAUCUUCACAAGCGUGAUCACGCUAUUCACAUUUCUGGCGAGCCGAACACCUACAGCGACGCUGCGGUGGAGGAAAAGAAAAUGCCUUGGUUUAUGUACGUGAUGAUGUACUGGCUAGUAGAAGAAGCAAUGAAGAAAUCAACGCUAAACCCGGACGAGGUUAUGCCGAACACAAGCGGCGGGGAUCAUCACACUCGUCGCGAUUGUGCCUCCAGUACUAGUGAUGAGGAUGAAGCGAUUAGGAGAACACCGGUGCUCACGUACUUGAUGACAUACACGUUUCCCGGUAUUACAAUCGGCCUUGUAAUGUUGAAAUACCACGACAAUCCAAACAAGGUUUUCGUCGAUAACGUAAUACCGUUGUGGUGUUUUAUCGCGUCUACUUUCGUUUAUUGGCUAAUAGCAGAGGCAAUGAAGAAAUUAACGCAAAUAAAAUCCGACGGUAAUUGGUUUCUUGUGUUACAGUUAGCUGCUCUGGCAUCCGGUCUUCUUUCAGUGUUGUCUCAGAUAUCACUUAUCUUUCUACCCUACCCGGAAUCACUCGUGCCUCUUAUAAUCUGGAUACCUAUGUCCGUGAUAUUCGUGACGUGGCCUAUAUCUCAUUACAUGUAUUAUAAUUUUAUUUUCCCGGGAACCGAUACUCUUGUACACAAAAUUCGAUGCCAUGAUAAAAAAGAGCAGCAACUAUCUUCCCCUGUGUAAACCAAAUGGAUUUGUUGUAGUUACAUUUGAUAUGUACUCGUUUGUUAUAAGUGAAUAUAUAUAUGGGGAUCGUCCCCCCCUUUUUUUUUUU